AAAGGGAGAAGGGGUGGAAGUAAUCAAGAAUGAGGAAUGUAGUGAUCCUGUUCAUGGUGUCGGGAGAUACACAGAGAAAAGAAUACACCUUUCAAAGUGAGUCAUGUUUAAAAACUAUGCUUAUGUUAUUGGAUUUUUCUAUCUUAUAAAAUCAAAAGUAAUUGCUUAUUUCUAUCCUCUCCACCCAAUUUCUAAUAAUGCUUUUUGACAUUUUGUCCAAAUUAUCCCAAGAGUGGGUUUAGAGAGGAAACAAAUGACAGUACCAAAAAUGAACUCCAGUUCAAGCAACAGUACAGAAGCUACAAAUUCUGAUGCACCAUUACUAGAAUAAUGACUCGCCAUUAUGGGCCAAGUGUGAAAAAUGCCAUGAGCCUCAAGGGGUCCUGUUGAGUUACAUUUCAUUUAUUAGCUUCAAUCCUGAAUGUCUGUUUUCCAUUUUUCCUUUCAGUCGCUUGCCAUCGUGGAUUCAAUCGGUGAUUCCAAAAAUAUUUUAUAUUACAGAAAAAGCCUGGAACUACUUUCCCUACACAAUUACAGGUUUGCUUUAAAAAUACCAUAACGAUAGAAUAUUAUUACUGCUGCCAACUGCAAAUUAAUCCUGUGUAGUUUCAAUAAAAUCAUCAUUUUCUUUGUGGUGGAAAUGAAUUGUGGCAUUGACAUAAAAUUUUAGUUUCUUAAUGGUAAAAAAGAUCUACUUCUUAAUUUUUGCUGGCAUCCGUCCGUCACUAUGUGACGAUGGAGUGGGUUACCGCUGGGUAACCCAAGGGAACAUCAUGGGAUGAUACAGCUUGGCACUAGUGACGUCGCAGGAGUUGUCGGAAUGUUUCAUUGUAUCAAUGUUAUCCGCCUUUCGGGACUCCAUCUCCGGGUUUGAUUUCAGAGUUUCCUUCUCUUAGAUGAGUUGCCGUCCAAGGUUAACGAGUCUCAUCUACCCGGGGUGCUGGUGGUGUUUUUGCUCUAGCUGGAAUUGAACUCCAGACCACCAACUUGAGAUUUGCUCAGUUUAGACCACUCGGCCACCCAGCACCCUUACUACUUAAUAUGUACUAAGAAUAGCAUAGGCUUUUUUUUUUCAUUUUUAUUGUUAUUCAUGAAUAUAUAAUAAAAUACAUAUAAUAAUUUGUUAUGUUUUUACCUCCCAUUUUCUGUGCUGUAUCUUCAACAUCAACACACAAAAAAACAUCAGAAUAUACAGUAAGUACCAUAUCAGUUUAUUUAUUAACAUAACCAAAUAUUUUUGAUAGCAUUGACUCAUGUAUUCGGCUGUCCCCAAAGGACUUUCCUGCUCAAUUCACUCUUAUUUUACACCAUUCUUUUCAGUGCUCAUUUUUACCCCGGUACAGCAUUUAUAUAGAGACAAGAUAUGAAGACAAUGCAGGUACAUCUGAAAAUGUAAGUUCUAAUUUGAACAUUAUUUAUAGACAUUAUUUAACCAUAAUUUAUAUUACUUUAGCUUUGUAAAUUUAAAUAAAAGUAUUACUUUGCUUUGAUUUUUCAUUUACCCAUACUCUAUCAAAGGUGUCUUUUCAGGGGGUUAUAAGAGCAACUUCCGUUAAAGUAUAAUUUAAGAGAUCUAAAUUACGGUAGUUUGAGAUAGUGUAUUUUAACCAGUGUGUCAUGAUACACUGUACUAUUAAAUACAAUUAUGUUUCAAAAGUUUCAUAAUAGGUGUGCCUCAAGACUCUAGUAGUGUCAUGGCAUAAGAAUCUUUGUAAAAUUUGAUUCUCAUUUUUACCAACAAAGUAUGCUGUUAUUUGAAAUAUAAUAUGUUAUUAUCUGUGUAAUUUAGUCAAAUAAUUUGUAUAACUUGUUAGAUGUGUAACAGCUGGUACUUUAUUUGAGCCUAAUAUGUCAAAAUUCUUAGUGGUUGUCAGAUUUCUUUUUUAAAGUUUGAAAACUGCUGUUUGAAUGGAAAAUACAUAAUCUGAUUAUCUAUUUAUGUUUUGAAUGUUUUAUAUUUUCCUUUAUUCAUGAAAAUAAUCAAAACUAUUUUUAUCUCAUUUAUUUAGUGCUUAAAUCUUUCAAAUGAAGAACUGCAAAAGAGGGAAAUUGAUUUUGUAGACAUUGCUAUUGAUCCUUUACCUCCUAAGCACUACAAAGAAAAUGAGGUAAGUGAGAAGACUUAUACUCACACUUAUUUACCUACCAAGGAUUAGGUACAAAGUGCUACAGUUUUCCCAUAUGCAAUUAUUUAUACUGUUUCUAUACUUGUGAAACUUGUUUUAGAUCAUCACAAGUUUUUCUUGCCUUGUUUUUAAAGGCCUGGUGUGACUUCUGGAGGAUGUGUCUUUCAAAGUGCAUUCUGCAGACACUCGUGAUUUCUUGAUUGUCAAGAGUUUCCUCUCUUUGUUAAUUUAAAAAUCAUACCAUUUCCCCAGUCACAUGUAACAGCAGGGGUUGAAUGGUUCAUAAAAAAAUAAAAAUAAUAUCAUUAUCUUUGUUUUCUGAUCGAUUAGGAUUUGACAAAAUUCAAGUCUCUAAAAACCAACAGAGGUCCCUUGAUUAAAAAUUGGCAGGUAUGUUAACAUUACUGAGAUCCUGUGUGUCUUUGUUAAUUUCCAGUUUGAAUUUUUCUUCUUCUUUUUUUUCCUUCUAAUUUUGAUGGUGGAAGUGGAAACAAUGAAAUAGACAUAUUUUUUUUAAAUCUUCAAAGCCAUGUAGUUAAAAUAAAACAUGAUAACAGUAAUUAGUAUUUUCCUGUUACUCUUAGGCUGAGUCCUCCCCCGUUAUGUGCUCAUACAAGUGUGUCAAGGUAAAAUUUGAAGUGUUUGGGAUGCAAGGCAGGGUUGAGGCAUUCACCCAGAAGGUGAAUCCUUGAGUUUUUUUUGUUGUUUUUUUUUUUACUAUGCUAAACUUUCUUAAUUUUAAAAUCAUAGCAACAGAAAAUACUAAAAUCACAAGAUAUGACAAAACUAAUUCUUAACAUCCUAUUUACUACAAAUAAUUAAAGCGCAGAAAGCAGUUAAAUAAUGCCUUAGACAAAAAUAUUAAGCAAAAGGAUUUUUCUCAAAAAGUGGCAGAAUCCACUUUUGAAGUGACAAAUUUUGUUAUAUAUUUUCUGUUCCCUGUAUUAAAAAAAAAGCUAAAAAAAAUAUCAUUUUUAAACUAUUCCCGCAGACUGUGCGAGACAUCUUACUGUUGGGACAUCGACAGGCAUUCGCUUGGAUUGACGAGUGGAUAAGUAAGUAAUUUAAGUGGGUUAAUUUAAGGGAAACCAGUCCAAAACUAAAGUUUAAUUCUAGUACAAUUCACAAUCUAGGUUUGGUAAAAUCUAAUUUAUUGUCUUCUUUUUUUUUUAAAUUGGUGCUUAUUUUAAUAUAAUCUCACAUCAUCCUUGAUAUUAAGUUAUCAUAUAAAAUGCAGAAUGAUUACCCUUUUUCUAAAUUUGUAAAAAAAUUAUUUUUCUUCAAUAAGCAUUCAGUAUUUAUGUUUUUUGAUUUGAAUCUAAACUAUUUUUUUUUUUUCUUGUGUGGAUAAAGUACAUUAGUUAGGUCAAAUAAUUUCUAUUGACACCAAAGAUAGAGUAGAAAGGUCAAUUUAAUGACUGCACAUCUUCAACUUGUCUGUUACUAUGAAAACGUUACCCUUGUCUUUCCCCAGAUAUGAGCAUGGAUGAUCUCAGAAAGUACGAGUCCUCAACAAACGAAGCCACUAAUAAAAAAGUUUUGGAAUCAUAGCAACAUAGAAUCGUGUGAUAUUUCAUGUAUUGCAUUCACUGUGGGUGUUUCACUUUAGUUUGUUCCUUGUAUUUUUUCUUUUUUUUUCUCUAUAUUUGGUGCUUUGAUGAUGAUGUUUGGAUUUUGUUUAUUAUUGUUCUUGUUUUUUGAUUGAUGGUUUGAUAAUAUUUAAAAAACAUUUGAAGACUUUGUUAAUAUUUAAGUUCUUUUGGGAUUUUUCAAAUUGCUGAUUUGGUGUACUACUUUUCUUAUUUAUCUUGUAAUGAUCGUAUCAACGGAAUUUUCUAGAUAUCUUGUAAGAACACCUGUUGUGAUAAUUACUUCAUCUUUUUGGCUUUCAUUUUGAGAUGGUAAAAAAAAAAAGUUACAAUUUCUCAAAUGGUUCGUUUUCAUUUAAUGUGAAGGCACCUACGUCAAAACUGAUAGAUAUCAAGCUACUCUUCCUAACCAAGUUUUGAAGGUAAAAAAAAAAAAAAUGUCACCAACUGGUAAGGCGUGCUCAGUGUUUAAUCUUUUGUUAAAAUAUUUGUUAUGCACUUUUGACUGAUUAACAAUGAAAAAUAUGUUGACACUGGCAGUCCUCAUUUAACUUUUAGUUCAUCAUUCCCACAAUCUCUUUUUCUUUCAGACCCACCUCAUAGCCAACAGUAUUUUACAUUUUGGGUUGUGUGGGGGACUGUGAUUUUUCACAUUUCUGUUUUUAUACUUGUAACAGUGACUUGUCACAUAUAUGAGGUCAUGUUAGUAGAUGUGACCUGUCAUUUAGGUCAAGCUAUUGACUGACCUGUCACAUGUUAGUUCAUGUUGGCAACUAUGACCUGGCUUUUUGAACAAAGUUACACAAAUUAUCCUAUUAUAUUUCUAUUAAACCUGUGAAUUUUGCCAAUUUUUUCUAGCAAUGCUUGUAUAUAUAUAUAUUCACUGUUCAUUCCAUAGCAAAUUUCUUUAUCUAUGUUGUAGCACUAACAUUGUGUGUGAUUAUGGCAAGCAGCCACGAUCUCAAAGUAUUUAAAUUUGAACUUUGACUUUCAGGAUUGGAAUAACAUACUGGCAGAUGUGAUGCUGGGGUCAUGUUGGAUUGGAAUAAAUUGUCCUGAUGCUGACAUUUUAGAUUUAGGUUGCACCAUGGCAAGUCUAAAAAUUGUGUCAGUACUAGAUGGGCUGGCGAUGUUAGUUGGCUUAAGUUGGGGAGGGUCUUCCCAGCAUGUAAUAUUCAAGGUCAAAAUUAAGGUUUUAUUUCUUGAAAUAAAAUGUGACCGAACUGUCUAAUAUAUUUUAUAGCCUUAUAAAAGACAUAUCAUAUGCUGUAAUAUUAAGAUGCCCAGUUGCAUGCUAUACAUAGUUAAAUGAGCAAUGAAGAGGUAUCCUAAACUCUAAGAGAGAAUAUUCUAUAAGUUUGUUAAAUAAUUAUAAUGUGGCUGUGUUGUACAAAAACAUAGUGUAUGGAUCUUUUCUUUGGCCAGGCAGAGAGCAGAAAAUGGCAGCAAAAUACAUCAAUCAAUGUAAGAAGUGUUAGAUUUAAUGUAAUUUUUAUUUAUGAAAUGUAUAUUAUUUUCUUUUUUUAAAAUCAGUUUUGAGAUAACCAAAUAUUUUAUGAUAUACAUUUGAGCUUUUGUUGAUACCGUAUUUUAAAGUAGGUACAGGUAUCUAUAUUAAGAAAUGCAUUUGGUUAAUAUAUUUUUAUGAGCUCUCUGAUCUAAAUAACAGAGAUAUAUGAAGAAUUACUCUGAGAUAUUUUAAAAAAUAAUUAUUUAUUGUUUAAAGCAGCGAGUGAAAGAGGUUAGCCAAUUAAAAUUCAACCUCAUUCACUGAGCACUCUUGUUGAAAGGGUACUCAUAUUAUCUAGGGUAUUUAGUUUUUUUAUUCAUUAUUGCAAGACUAUGGGAAUUUCUAGCAAUGGUAUAUGAUGGUACAUUUUUAGUUUGUGUCUAUCUGGCUGCAAGUAACAUUUCAUGAUCAUUGAUUGAAGGAUAAAUAUUUCGGCCAGUGUCUCUUAACAUCCACUACCUUCCACUAAGGUACGUACAGUUUUUCUUGUGCUUUGUACGGCUUGUCCUAUACCAAUCUAACACUUUUCUUAUAACAAUCUAUACAUUUUCUUAUCUUAUUUUAAUAUUUGUAGUACAAUUUUUCUUCUUUAAUUGUUCUUUUACUUAUACAAAAGAAAUGGCUUAACAUUCUACGAGUACAGAAAAGAGAGUUCCUAUCUGUAACUGACUUCAUGUAUUUAUUGCCCCUCUGUCUCUUCUAGACAAUGUCAUGCUGACAUAUGUCAUGAAUUUAAUUGUUUGAUCUAUGACUUUUUGUUCUAUUCUCUACCAGCAAUCAUUCCACUAUUGGAUGAAUCAGUAUUUUGAAUAAAAUGGAGUGUUGUUAUAAUAAUGUUAUUGUCCUCAGAGAAAGUCAUCAGUAUUUUUCAGGUCUCCCCCAUGACCUCAGUGACCACAUACAUUAGUCAUUUGGCUAUAUAAUAUAUAUAUAUAUAUUAAAUACAUAAAUAUUGUAAUCAGCUGCAUAAUACAAAUAGUCUUGUCAGAUUUCAGCUCAGCUUGCACCUUGAGUCAUGUCAGACUUCAGCUAAGCUUGCACCUUGAGUCGUGUCAGGCUACAUUAUUUUGUUGGACAUUUGAAAUUCCUUCGAAAUCCUUCCAUGUUUUCAAAGUCAGAGUGUAUAGAUUUUCCCUCCAAAACAUUAACACUAUAUUUAUAGUUUACAUUAAUGUUGUAGGUUUGCAUAGAAAUAUUCAGCAGUGAAUUUACAGGUG